GAGAAAUGGGCUUCUUUUAUCGUUGAGUUUUCCUUCUUGCAAGUGAAUUCACUGGGGAAAAGUCAACGACGUCCUCUGGUUUUGAAGCCAACCAAGCGGCGGCCCGGCCGCUUGCCUGUUGGUUCCACGCUCGUUCCUCUUUUUCCCCCUCCUUCGCUGAGCGCGAAUCGUGGUUCUUGGCUUCUUUCAUGGCUAAUCCUCAUCUUCGCGCUCUACUACGGUGGCGCAAGUGGGCCAAGAAGGACUGGGCAAUAGCCGCUGUUGGCUUCACUCUCACUGUCGUCUUUGCACUUUCUCUCAUCUCAGAUUCCCGGCGAAGGGUGAAUGGUUCCGUAACCAACCCCUCGUUCGGUCUAAGCCAAAAUGAUGAUCUCGUCGAUCUGACCCUUCUUCGAAAUGCUAAAGAUAGAGGCGCUUUUUGCUUGGAUGGGAGCUUGCCGGGAUACCAUUUCCAAAAGGGGUUUGGAUCCGGCUCUAACAAUUGGCUACUUCACAUUGAGGGAGGAGGUUGGUGUAAUACGAUGUCUUCGUGUUCUCAGCGAAAAAUGACUGCUUUGGGAUCCUCAAAAUAUAUGGAUAGACAAAUUCGUUUCUCGGGAAUCUUAAGCUCUGACCCUGCGCAGAAUCCUGAUUUCUUUAGCUGGAACAAGGUUAAGAUACGUUAUUGUGAUGGUGCGUCCCUCGCUGGUCAUCCAGAAAACGAGAUUAAGAAAGGAAAUAAAUUAUUCUUCAGAGGUCAGCUCAUAUGGGAAGCACUUAUCGAUGAACUCUUGUCAAUUGGCCUGUCUGAAGCCAAAGAGGCUCUGCUUUCAGGAUGCUCUGCUGGAGGAUUGGCAACUCUAAUACAUUGUGAUGCCUUUCGAGGACUUCUUCCAAAGGAAGCAACUGUAAAGUGUCUUGCUGAUGCGAGCUUCUUCCUUGAUGAGAAGGAUAUUCUUGGCAAUAACACCAUGAGAUCCUUCUAUCAUGAUGUUUUCCAGCUUCAGGUAAUGCAUACCUUGUCUAUUAAAUGAAAAGGCAUAGACACUUAGAUGGAUGUUGCGGGCUUGCCAUGGAACUAAGUAAAAAAAUCUGG